CAACCCCAUCAGCGCCCACUGCACCUGGCAUGUGAGGGAGUGCCCACUGGGAAUGAGGGCCUGAAAAGCAGCAGCUGUAGCAUCAAUCAUCCCAUCUUCCAAGAGGGUACUAAGGGCACCUUUGUAGUCACAUUUGAUGUCUCAUACAAGGCCACCUUGGGCAACAAGUUGCUUCUGAAGGCCAAUGCAAGCAGUGAGAAUAAUAAACCUAUGACCAGCAAGACCACCUUUCAUCUGGAGCUCCCAGUGAAAUAUGCUGUCUACAUGGUGAUCAGCAGGUGUGAAACUUUGACUCUACU